AUGCCCAUGUUGAACAUCCACUCCCUGAAACCUGAGGCCCUGCACCUGCCACUCGGGACCUCGGAGUUCCUAGGCUGCCAGCGGCGCCACACACUCCCUGCCAGCGAGUUCCGCUGCCUCACGCUUGAGGAUGCCACCAGUGCCUUUGAGAUUGAGCGGGAAGCCUUUAUCUCUGUCUCGGGCACCUGUCCCCUGCACUUGGAUGAGAUCCGGCACUUCCUCACCCUGUGUCCAGAGCUGUCACUGGGCUGGUUUGAGGAAGGCUGCCUUGUGGCCUUCAUCAUCGGCUCGCUUUGGGACAAGGAGAGACUCACUCAGGAGGCGCUGACACUACACAGGCCCGGAGGCCGCACCGCCCACCUGCACGUUCUGGCAGUGCACAGAACCUUCCGGCAGCAGGGCAAGGGCUCUGUCCUGCUGUGGAGAUACCUUCACCACCUGGGCAGUCAGCCGGCUGUGCGCCGGGCUGUGCUCAUGUGUGAGGAAGCCCUGGUCCCCUUCUAUGAGAAGUUUGGCUUCCGGGCUGUGGGCCCGUGUGCCAUCACCGUGGGCGCUCUCACCUUCACGGAGCUGCAGUGUUCAUUACGGUGCCACACCUUCCUGCGCAGGAACAGUGGAUGCUGA